AGAGAGAGCGCGAGAGAGAUAGAAGCAGAGAAUGCUCCAGAAUAGUGAGGAGAGUGUCUCAGUGUUCAACAGCAGGGACAACACUGUAUCAAACAAGGAGGGCUGGGCUAUUCACUCCCCUCCACUGCAUCUCCUGCCAUUCUGCUCUUGCUCCUUACACACAGCAGUUGGUUGAGGGCUGUGGUCGCAGGAGCUCUUCUCUCUGCCUUUGUCCAGAGCCAGUCGCUGUCAUGAGCAGCAACGCACCCUCUGCACCCAAAGGAAAUGACAGCAAGAGGCUCAAAAGGGAUAGCAGGAGUGUUGUGGGCCCGUCCAGAGUCAUCCACGUCCACAGGCUGCCAAGCAGUGUCACCGAAAGAGAAGUUCUCUGUCUGGCAUUGCCAUUCGGGAAGGUGUCCAAUCUACUGUUUCUGAAGGGCAAGAACCAGGCUUUCAUGGAGAUGAGCACGGAGGAGGCCGCCAACACCAUGGUCAGCUACUACACCUGGAUGACUCCUGUGCUGCGUGGGCAGCCUGUCCACAUGCAGUUCUCCCGCUACAAAGAACUCAAGGUGAGCAGAUCCAACGAGCAGGCCAGUGCUCCCAGGCAGGCUGGUGCCUCCAGCCAGGAGGGGGAACCCAAGCAGGGGAGUGCCUCCAGCCAGGAGGGGGAACCCAGGCAGGGGAGUACCUCCAGCCAGGAGGGGGAACCCAGGCAGGGGAGUACCUCCAGCCAGGAGGGUGAGCCCAGGCAGAGGAGUGCCUCCAAAUGGUCCUGGGCCUCCAGCAGGGCAGGUGCCACCAGCAAGGCCCUUGCUUCCAGCUUUGUGGUUGUCCCCAGCCAGGAGGGCGACCACACUCAGGUGAAUUCCCAGGCAGGCUGCGCAGGUGCCUCCAGCCAGGUGGGUGCCCAGCCAGGCCUGCCAGCUGAGAACUCAGAUCGGGCAGCAGAUUUGGCCUCGGCUGCCCCUGCCGCUGAUGUGGACACGGGGACAGUGGUGGCCAUGCACAGCCCUGUGCUCAGGAUCCUCGUGGAGAACUACUUCUAUCGUGUGACCUUGGACGUGCUGCACCAGCUCUUCUCCAGGUUUGGCACAGUUCUGAAAAUCAUCAUAUACAGUAAGAACAGCCGGUUCCAGGUGCUGUUACAGUAUGCUGACGCACUGAGUGCCCAGCGUGCCAAGCUGUUCUUGGACGGGCAGAACAUCUACGACGCCUGCUGCACACUGCGCAUUGCCUUCUCUGGGCUCACUGACCUCACAGUCAUGUACAACAACGACAGGAGCCGUGACUACACGCGCCCAGACUUGCCCUCGGGUGACAGCCAACCCUUGCCAGCCCAGAACAUGGCCAUAGCGUUCGAUGCACCUGUCGUGGUCCCAGCUUCUCCAUAUGCAAGCACUGGGUUACUGCAAACAUUUGCAAUUCCCCAAACUGCAGGCUUUGCCAUCCCAGAAGUGGGUAAGGUCCUGGCACCCCUGGCCAUACCAGAAGCGGCUGUGGCAGCAGCGGCAGCUGGAGCAGAGAGCCCAGUCGUCAGCUCAGGCUCCCCAGGUGUGGCAAACGCUGUCCUCCUGGUUGCCAACCUCAACCCUGAGAAAGUCACACCCCAAAGCCUCUUUAUUCUGUUUGGUGCCUAUGGCGAUGUGCACCGGGUGAAGAUCCUGUACAGUAACAAGGAGAACGCACUAGUGCAGAUGGCUGAUGGCGGCCAGGCUGAGCUGGCCCUGAGGCACCUGAACGGGCACAAACUGUAUGGCAAGACUCUCUGCAUCAUGCCAUCGAAGCACCAGAGCGUGAAGCUGCCCCAGGAGGGCAAGGAGGACCAGGGCCUCACCAAGGACUAUGCCAAAUCCCCGCUGCACCGCUUUAAGAAGCCCGGAUCCAAGAACUUCCAGAACAUCUUCCCACCCUCGGCCACCCUGCACCUCUCCAACCUACCCAGCUCGGUCUUGGAGGAAGACCUCAAGAAUCUCUUCUCCAGCAGCGGGGGUUCUGUCAAGGCCUUCAAGUUCUUCCCAAAGGACCGCAAGAUGGCACUGAUCCGGAUGGGCUCAGUAGAGGAGGCCAUCCAGGCUCUGGUCGAGCUGCAUGGUCACACCCUAGGCCAGAACCACCACCUGCGAGUCUCCUUCUCCAGGAUCACCAUCUAGAGGACCCUGCCGGGCCCACUGCAGACAGCUUCCUCCACCAGAGAAAAGGAGAAUUUAAUGGCGGCUGCAGUAACCUGAACAGAACAGAGAGUGGCUGCUGUCUGAGGGAGAGAGAGAGAGAGAGAGAGAGAGAGAGAGAGAGAGAGAGAGAGAGAGAGAGAGAGAGAGAGAUCAGUGGCUUCCUUUAUGUUAAAAGGACUGACUGUGGUCACCUUGCUGGCAGUGGGGGAGGGGACCUCAAGCAGCCCUGUUAUCCCUAGGAAGGGCAGGGUGCUGCCCCCUAGAGCUCCAGACACUUGGCCACAGCAGGUGCUCUGGACUGUACAUCUGGCACUUUCCCACCCUUGAGACUGUUGAGCUUUGGGGGUGAAGUGGCCUCCAGAGACUCAAUGCAUUUGAACUCGUGGACACCAGUUGGUGGCAUUCUAUUGAAAGGCUGUGGAGACUUUAGGAGGUGGAACCUUCCUGGAGGAGGAGAGUCACCUGGAAGGGUGAGGAGGCUUUGGAGCCCCGCCCCACUUCCUGUGCUUGCUCUGCUGCUCCCUGCCUACCAGUGAGAUGCCAACAGCCAGCCUCCUGCUCUUUGACCCUGCUUUUGUUGCUGACACCUUCCCUUCUCCACCAAGGUGGGAUGUGCCCUCCUCACUUCCUCCUUUAUACUGGGAGGAGGGGUUACUUGUUCUUCAGCAAUGAGAACAGUAACAAGGCAGAAUGAGAUAUGGGAUGGGCCAGGCCACUGCUGGGAAGAACCCGGCCAUGUGGUAUGCAGGGCUUCUAGGUGGUCUGGGGGCAGGAACUUGGGAGAGUUCAGAACUUUGCCCUGGGAAGGGCCUAGAAUGCUGAAGGGAGAGCUUCAUGGGCCCUCCUGGUAGGGGUUUGGAAGACCAGGAUGCUGGGAGAAAUCCAGGCAGUCGAGGAGGCCCGGCUUGUGAGGUUUCAGAGGGGACUAAGACUCCUUUGGGAACCGGGCUGGAGGCCAUUUGUGUGAAUUCUGGCCAAGAGCCUAGCUGCAUUUUGCUUGUGUCCUGGGAACGUGAGGGAUGCAGAAUUCAAAAGCAGCGGGCUACUUUGUUUGUUGGGAGAACCUUAGGGACAGGAUAGCACUCAGGCUGUGUGGAGGUCACUAUCAAAGCUCUCACCCAAGCCUGCAGAGAGAGCAAGGAGUGGAGCAGAAAGGUGUGAAAACCACAGACUGUCAAGGAGAGAAAAGAGGUCAAAGUUACAGCCAAACACAGCUGCCCCUGGGAAUGGAAUUAGCCCCAACACAGAGAGGCCUCCUGGUCUAUACUGGCAGAGUAGGAAAGGUGCCAGGAGGGCACUCCGUGCCCACUGAAGGCUGUGACGUAGAAAAGUGAUACUGUGUCAGGAAGGAGAGGCAUGGGUUAGAACACCGCUGAAGGUGGCUGCUGUUCAAAGAGAACACCUCAGAGGGCCAUUUGCUCUGACUGUACUGAACCACCAAGGCAGACAGGGAACGCUACUGCUUUUUUUUAGUCCUGGGGAACAUAUGACAUCUCAAGGUGGUGUGGCAACACACUCCACCUGCCGCCCCGUUUGGAAGCACAGUAAAAUGCUUACAAAAAAUAAAUAAAAUAAAAUAAAAUAUUGGGCAAUGAUAGCUUUGGGUAAGAGCCAAUGAAGCCACUGAAACUAGGCAGUGGGACAGGUCAUGGUCCAGACUAGAGGUCCCUGGGUUGCUGCUGCAAAGCUGUGGAGGCAAAGCCUUAUUUGCAGCAGAGACCCCAGGAUGUGGGGGAUGCCAAGAGCAUGGGCCAACCCCCGAGACAAGGUGUGGCUGCAGAGUGGAGUCCUCGCAAGAGAGGGACUCCAUGGACCCCAGCUGGAGGGACUGUUCUACGCCAGACCUUUGGAAGCAGUCGGGUUCCCAAAGGAGCCCCAGAUGAUGGACAAGAAGCUGCAGCCUUUCCUCUCCUGGAUUUCAGUCUUGGUUUGCUCUGAUCUUUCUUUGCUGUGUCCACAUAUUUCCUCUGUGCCAUUGUGUCUUGGUAGAAUAUAGAUACCUGUAUAUACAUAUAUCUACAUACUAUGACAUAAUGUGUAUAUAUAUAUAUCCAUCAUCUAUAACCAGCAUUUGAUUUUACAGGGGCUCACAGGUAAGAGAAGGCCUUGAGGCUCAGGAGAGAUUUGUACUCUUGAACACUGUUUGAACUGUUAAAGACCGGUGAUUCCUUUGACUUUGGAAUGGAUAUUGUUUGCUUUAGGUAGUGGCCAUGAGCCUAUGGUGGGCAGGGGCAGAAUGUAGUGUUUAGAACAUAUGGGCUCACAUGUCUGAAUGCUCGUUCAUCGGCUGGUGGCGCUCUUUGGGAAGGUUUUGGAUCCUUUCAUAGGUGGAACGAGGCUGGAAGAAGCAAGACAGCAGGAUCCGGUCCUGUGCUUCCACAGCCCAGGCCAACUUUUCAUCCUCUGUCUGCUUCCCAGCUGAGAUGGAUGCAGAGCGACAGGCCAUGCCUGCCUGCAGGCCUUCCCUGCUACAAUAGACUGUAUCCCCUCCCAUGGCAAAGACAAUAAACUUCUCUUGCUUUCA